AUGUGCAUCAUGGCUCUCAUCUGGCUCUUCUCCCGCCAGAUCCCGAUGGCCGUUCUGCCUUUCGCAGUCUACUCAGUGUUCCACGUCGCUACUUACGUGCGCUCAAACUUGCUGCCCACCAUCCAGCCCCCACCUGCCGGAGCUCAGCCCGGCACCAAGUCCUCAUCUGGCCUGUCCGAUGCCAUUGGCAAGUUCGUGAAGGAGUACUAUGACGGCAGCAUGACCCUUGUUGCUAUCCUCGAAAUUGCCCUCUGGUUCCGCGUCUUCGGCUCUGCUCUCCUCUUCCAGAAAGGCUCAUGGAUUCUGAUCGUUGUGUACACCGUCUUCUUCCGCGCCCGCUACGCACAGAGCACCUUCGUCCAGGGCGCCAUCACCCAACUCACUGCCCGCAUUGAUGCUCAGCUCGCCAAUCAGAGCACUCCCCCCGGUUGCUCGCCAGGGCUGGGGCACCUUCAAGAACAUCAUCAGGCAGGCGGGUGA